UUUCCGCGAGCUCAUGCGCUUAUCCACCACUUAUAGCCCCCAACUAGAAAAAUGCAUCGCGCAACUUCGCCAAGCGCGUCGAAGAACACCGCCACCACAAUAUGGGAUCUGACAUCAAAGGCCCGUGCGUCGUGCUGGCUUCCGUGAGACAAUGAUCGGACAGCAGUGGGGGGAAGGGGGGAGGACGGGCGGAGACUGAGGAAGAGGCGGGGACGAAGACAGUGGACACUGGUAGCUUCACCAGUUCGCCCCGCGGGGGCGACCCUACGAGACGGGGAAAAUUGUCUAGAGAAGCAACAAAAGCUAGGCUGGCAUCGCGCACUGGGUCUGGUGAGGGGUGGAGCAACGACGGCAAGAACAGAGACAAAAAGAUCCCGAUAGAUCCCGAUGUAUCCCGGUGGAUCUCUGAUUAAUUGUGUCUGUGUGUUUUUUCCCUCCUGAAAAACGCACACGUCCGAGCGAUGCCAAGACCACUGCGGGCGCAGGCGAGCGGCGCGGCCCAGGCGAGGCGGGGGCGGCGCCGCCUCGCGGGGGGGGCGCCCGGGGGGGUAGCCGAGCGGAGCGCCCGAGAACCUGCGGCGCCCGAGGCGCCGAGGCCGCGCCCCCCCCCCCGCUGCGGGGCCCCCAGCGAGGCAAGGAGCUGCAUCAACUGUCACGAGAUGAGCUGCAUUAGCUCCGCGCGGAUCUCUCGGAUCGGGGCGGGCUGGCCCCUCAAGCUCCGGCGGGCGGAGCUCGUCAGAGGCGGCGCCGAAGAGCGCCGCCGAGGGGACUGCAGCACGAGCACAAAUGACCUGGACGUGCGACUGCCAGAUACCAGCUGCUCCACAGUAGCCCUGUCAAAUAUGUAGUCGAUACUCUGGCUGGCGUGCCAACUACUAGCUUGUAGCUUGGUUGGCUGUCACUUCGACCGCGAGUCACCUUGGCGCGAACGGUAAUGGGUGAGCGGUCUCGAGACUUGCGGCAGCCCCACGGAGCUUCCCAGCCCUCUGGGAUUUCGGCUCGCGAACACGACGCCACCUCGAAGCGAGCACCUGCAACACUCUCGAAGGCAAAAUGGCUGGCAAUCUGGUAAAUCAACGGCUCGCCGCCGAGGUAAACGGGGGAGAUGUCGGCGUCGGCCAACAGUAACAGAUUCGCGCCCAGUGCGGACGGGCGCCCUAGUGGCGCAAGCGGACGAGACGUCCCAUACACUUAUCAGUAUGCAUUCCACGCAUACAAUCUACCUGUUGACUGCAAACGUCAACAACACUUCGAUUGCUGACUGCCAGAGGUGCCAAGCAAGCGGCACUGAGACGCUGAAUGAUUCAUCUGGCUAAUUGGCCGCGGCCGACUUGACGUCACACUUGUGGUGUGUCUCAAAAUCGGUGUGUGCAAGUCUGCGGGGCUGCGAAAAACAAGGGAAGAAGGAAGAGGAGGAGGAGGAGGAGGAGGAGGAGGAGGAGGAGGAGGAGGAGAAGGAGUAGGGAAGUCUCAGCCGCGCGACGGCGCGCAGUUCCACCUCUCCCCUUCAGCAGUCGCCUGUCGGCGUCGGCCAACAUAUAGCACCCCAUGCAGACGGGUGCUUAUGGACAGCCGAGGGCCGCCCUGCUGGACGGUCUCCCCUCGGGGGUCUCUCCCCUCUUGAAAGGGGCCCAUGGACAAACAGAUGAAGUCGAUGAUACACACCCCCC